AACUGCGAUCUCAAAAUCAUUCGAUCUUCCUCGUCCUCGGACAGAGAAUCCAGCCGCUCCAAGCCCUCAAAGAAGGCCCUUUUGGCCGCAUCCGCGGACGCCAUGAUAUGGUGGCUGAGGUCCCGACGCCCAGAGCCAGAGACCGUUGAGCCAUGAGUAAUAGUCUUCUGCGUGACUGCAGCCUAGCAGGCGACAACAAGACUUCUGUCUGACAUUCACAUAAAAUCAGUCCGAGACCGAAGAGGAAUGACCGAGGGAAGACACGACCGGCGAGGGCAGUCACGCGUAACCCCAACCACGAAAAUGCCACCAGGUCACGGGACCUGUGGAAAUCAAUUAAACUCGGGGAAGGGCUUCUGGGUGGGCCCCAUUCAUUCCGACCGAGUCUCCGGAGUGCGGAACGGCAGUUUUGUACUCCAGCAAGCAACGACUUACAACAAAAGCAUCGCUGCACCGCAUUGUCUUCUCCAUUCUACCAAAGACUCAUCACAAUGUGGAAGCCUAACCGGCUGCUGUCGUCUAUCUCAGACCUGCAAAACGGUCGCUGUCUCAGCUGUCAAUUGCGCAAGGCGACUGCGUACCUCGACAGACCUACGCUGCGGUACUAUGCCAGCAGCAGCAGCAGCAGCAAACCCUCCCCUACGCCAGCUUCAACCAAAGUCCCAUCGAAACCCGUCUACUCUCCAACAGCCUCGAAGAUUCCGACCCCAACACCCGGCGAAGACUUCGUGCCUCCACCUCUUGACCGACCCAUCGGGUCCCCCGUGCCUCCAAGUGAGGGACAAAACACCGGUGUCGACGAUCGAUCAUUUGGGCAACGACGAGAUGACUUUGUCAACUACGAGAGACACUUGGAAAGACGGAAACAACUAGCCCGCCAAGUCGCCAAGCCUUACUUCCGCGAAUGGAACAACAUGCGCCACCACGAAGGCAAGAGCUUCGUGGCGAACACGCGCCUCUUCAAACGCGACAAGGCGCUCUAUUUCCCCAACAUGCGCGGCAUCACUCUGGUUUCGAAGCGGCAGCCGCGCGACACGACCCCGCUCUUCCGGGGCCGCAUCACCGUGGUGAACAUCUUCUCGAGCCUGUGGGCCGAGAACCAGACCUCGACGUUCACGCACCGGGAGAAGAACCCGGGCCUGUACGAGGCGUUCGCAGCGGCGGUGGAGGGUUCCAAGGACAAGAACAUCGUGCAGAAGGUCGACAUCAACCUCGAGCAGAACCCGCUCAAGGGGGCGAUCGUCAAGAUGUUCAUGUGGUCGAUGCGCCGGAACCUGCCCAGCGCGCAGCACGACAAGUACUUCCUGGUGACGAAGGGCGUGGACGAGCGAUUGCGCGAGACGAUCGGCAUGAUGAACUCCAAGGUCGGGUAUGUCUACCUGCUGGACGAGAACUGCCGCAUCCGGUGGGCGGGCAGUGGUAAUGCCGAGCCGGAGGAGAAGGAGGCGCUGAACAAUGGCGUCCGGAAGCUGGCGCAGGAGCGCCGCGUGAGUGUGGAGAGCGAGACGCCGGCGGCGGAGUGGGCCAGCGAGCAGAAGGGGGAGCAGGCGAAGAAGGCUAGGGUUGUGAUGCCUUGAUUCUGUUGCAAGGUUACGGGGCAUGAUAGCCAAAUAUAUGGCGGUUGUAUGUGUAUGUACAUAUCAGGUAGCAUUUGGGGGAGUUUGUACGAUGGCUGCCGUACUGUAAGAUAGAUAUAUGCUAGCACGCAAUAAUAUCGAGACACCUCUCCCAAGACCGAGGAGGGA